UCUCCCAAUAGCAGGGACCCUCUGUUUUGCAUCCUCAUUGUUCGUUCAUGUGGACAGUAUCCCAUUAAUCUAUUCUGUUUGCUGAAUUUGAAACUCCAUAAACAGAGAUUGAGAAAAUUAGAAAAAGGGCAACAUCUUGUCCUGAUAAGAAGCUUAGAGGAUCAGGAAUUGACUAUCAGAAUGUCCCUUUUCAUAAUGUCCAUGGCAAUUGUGUUUCUGUUCCUGCCUGGUCUUCCAGUUACUAGCAAAGCUGAACCAAAUUAUUUAUACCAUAUCUGUCCAAAUACAACCACUUUCACCCCGAACAGCACUUACCAAUCAAAUCUCAAUCUCCUCCUCUCCUCUCUCGCAUCCAACUCCACUAGGAAUGAUGGUUUCUAUAACACUACCACCGGCCAAACCCCUGACACCGUCUACGGUCUCUUCCUCUGCCGUGGCGACCUCUCCACCUAUGUCUGCCAAGACUGUGUCACUUUUGCUACCAAAGAGGUAGUUCGAAUGUGUCCUGUAGAGAAAGUUUCUGUAAUCUGGUACGACAAAUGUCUUCUUCGUUACUCCAACCUAUCCUUCUUCAAUAGUGUAAACCAAGAUGCUCUUAUUUUGUACAAUACGCAGAACGGCCCAAACCGAACCAGCUAUCAGGACCUAGUGCGAGCCACGGUGAAUGAAGUAGCGAGUAGGGCUGCAAGUAGUGCUAAAAAGUUUGCAACAGGAGAGAUGAACUUCCCGUCGUCGUCUGAUGCUCUGUACACACUUGCACAGUGCACUCAGGACCUUUCUGAGGAAAAUUGUCAGAGAUGUCUCAAAUUUGCCAUUGCAUACCUUCGAAAUGGGAGCGUAGGAGCAAGAACUCUGACCCCUAGCUGUACCGUUAGGUAUGAAACAUACCCGUUCUAUAAUCUAUCUGCGGCUCCAGGCCCUCUGUCUCCACCACCAUCACCUCUGUCUCCACCGCCUUCACCUCUGUCUGUUCCUCCUACGGUUAGUCGUAAAGGAAAUGGAGGCAAGAGAGCAACAAGGACGGUGAUCAUUGUCGUAGUUACAUCCGCCGUAGUAGUUGGUCUCUUGGGUUUAUGCUACUAUGUAUAUUGCUAUAGAAACAAACAAAGUCACGAAGAAACGCAAACGAUGUUGACUGAUCAUGACAACAACAGUGUAGAAAUGCGUUACUUCAAUCUAACAACGAUAAGGGAAGUUACGAAUAAUUUCUCUAAUGCAAACAAGCUUGGAGAAGGAGGUUUUGGUCCUGUUUACAAGGGUGAGCUACCGGACGGGGAAAAAGUAGCAGUUAAAAGGCUUUCAAUGAAAUCAAGUCAAGGAAUUGUAGAAUUCAAGAAUGAAAUGAUGUUGAUUGUGAAGCUUCAACACAAAAACCUUGUGAGACUUUUGGGAUACUGCUUGGCUGGAGAUGAAAAGCUUUUGGUCUAUGAAUACAUGGCCAAUACUAGCCUUGACACCUUCCUUUUUGAUCCAAUAAAACGAAAAGAAUUAGAUUGGGCGAAGCGGGCUAACAUUAUAAAUGGAACUGCCAAGGGUCUUCAAUAUCUACACGAGGACUCUCGGCUCAAAAUUAUCCACAGAGAUAUGAAAGCAAGCAAUGUGUUGUUGGAUGAUGAGUUGAACCCAAAGAUAUCAGAUUUUGGCACUGCUAGGAUUUUCGGAGGCAAUCAAUUGGAAGCUAACACUGAAAGAGUUGUUGGCACAUACGGAUACAUGGCGCCAGAGUAUGCGUUGGAAGGACUGUUUUCUGUUAAGUCUGAUGUGUACAGCUUCGGAGUCCUAAUGUUGGAGAUCAUCACUGGUCAAAAGAGCCGAGGCUUCUACGAGCGAGAUGAUGCGCUAAACCUUCUAUCAUAUGCAUCGAAGUUAUGGACUGAAGGCCAAGGACUGAAAUUAAUAGACCCGGACAUAGUCGAUACUUGUCCCACAAGUGAGGCUUUGAGAUGGAUCCAUAUUGCAUUGUUAUGCGUCCAGAAUGAUCCUGCCGAUCGUCCAACCAUGUCAUAUGUUAUUCUCAUGCUCGGGGGCCACUUGUUAGCACUUCCUACACCAUCGCCACCUUCAUGGCAUGCUGGUAGGUUCACUACCAUGUCUGAUCAAUCUUCCAUGAGUGGGGCAGCAACAGGAUCUCUUUCAUCAGACCUAUCUUUGACUGCAAGAUAGUAAACAUGGAUCCUCUCACAAUGCAACUAAUGGGAAGUGCAGUAAGUCAUAUUGAAUCACUCCCUAAUAUAUUGAACACUUGAAUAUUCUUUCAUACUUAAAGACUCUUGUUUUUUGUAUGGUCUUUCAAAGACAAUACCUUACGAACAUGAUAGGCUGAAAUACUGUUUGAAUGUGAUGCUUCUUUGGUUCUGCAGUAAUGUAUUUGUGUAAAGCUCAUUGAAACUCAUAUGCUUGUUUAUGUCUCGAUUGUUGGUGAUGAUAAAAUAGCUUCGAACUUCGGUCAUUGGAGCUAAA